AUGCCUUACGCCUUAUCGGAAUCCCACAAACAGCUCGUGUCCACGCACUUGAGCGAAUCGGACCCUGAGGUCGAACAGAUCAUCAAGGCUGAGAUUGAGAGACAAAAGCACUCGAUCGUGUUGAUCGCGUCCGAGAACUUCACCUCGACCGCUGUUUUCGACGCCUUAGGAACGCCCAUGUGCAACAAGUACUCGGAAGGGUACCCAGGCGCCCGUUACUACGGUGGUAAUGAGCAGAUCGACAAGAUGGAGCUACUGUGCCAGGCCAGAGCCCUAAAUGCGUUCGGCCAAUCUCCAGAGAAGUGGGGCGUUAACGUCCAGACCUUGUCGGGUUCGCCAGCCAACUUGCAAGUCUACCAGGCCCUCAUGAAGCCUCAUGAGAGAUUGAUGGGUUUGUUUUUACCAGACGGUGGCCAUUUGUCUCACGGCUACCAAACCGAAACCAGAAAGAUUUCCGCGGUUUCCACAUACUUUGAGUCCUUCCCAUACAGAGUCGACCCAAAGACCGGUAUCAUCGACUAUGACACUUUGGAGCAAAACGCCAUCUUGUACAGACCAAAGAUCCUUGUGGCCGGUACCUCUGCCUACUGCCGUCUCAUCGACUACAAGAGAAUGAGAGAAAUCGCCGACAAGGUCGGUGCCUACUUGAUGGUUGACAUGGCCCACAUCUCCGGUUUGGUCGCCGCCGGUGUCAUUCCAUCGCCUUUCGAAUACGCUGAUAUCGUCACAACCACCACUCACAAGUCCUUGAGAGGUCCUCGUGGUGCCAUGAUCUUCUUCAGAAGAGGCCUAAGAUCCGUCAACCAAAAGACCGGUAAGGAAGUGUUGUACGACUUGGAGAACCCAAUCAACUUCUCUGUCUUCCCAGGCCACCAAGGUGGUCCUCACAACCACACCAUCUCUGCUUUGGCCACCGCUUUGAAGCAAGCUGCCACCCCAGAGUUCAAGGAAUACCAAGAACAAGUCUUGAAGAACGCCAAGAUUCUAGAAGAAGAAUUCAAAAAAUUGGGCUACAGACUGGUUUCUGAUGGUACUGAUUCUCACAUGGUUCUAGUCUCUUUGAGAGAAAAGGGUGUUGAUGGUGCCCGUGUUGAGUACUUGUGUGAAAAGAUCAACAUCGCUUUGAACAAGAACUCGAUUCCAGGUGACAAAUCCGCAUUGGUUCCAGGUGGUGUACGUAUCGGUGCUCCAGCCAUGACCACUAGAGGUUUGGGUGAACAAGACUUCGUCAAGAUUGUCAGCUACAUCGACAAGGCCGUUCAAUUUGCUUUCAACGUUCAACAAUCUUUGCCAAAGGAAGCCAACAGACUAAAGGACUUCAAGGCCAAGGUCAACGAACUUUCUGGCGAGCUAGAGCCUCUCAAGAAGGAAAUCUACUUGUGGGCCGGUGAAUACCCAUUGCCUGUGUAA